AUGUAAUCAUCUAAUCCCUAGAUAAUAUACGCAGUGGUUGUAAGAGGCUAAAAUGUUGUUUUAUCAGAGUAUUCAAUAGCUAAAGGAAACUAUAUAGGAUUUGCGAAAACUAUUAUUUCUAAAGUAAGGUUUUAAUUUAAUCUAUAGGUUAAUUAAUAAAAUGCUAAAAAAUCAUUCAAUUAUGAAUAAUAUGAAUUUCAUAUUUUAGUAGAAGAUGGAUUUUCUUUUAUGAUAAUGGCAGAAAAAGGAUUAAAGAUGAGAAUUGCAUUUGCUUGUUUAGAGGAUAUGAAAUAAAAAUUCUUUUAAAUGUUUUAACCAUAAUAAAGAGAUUAAGCUAUCUCUUAUGGAUUAAAUUCCUAAUUUUCUAUUGUAAAAAUAUUUCAUUAUCUAUAAAAGGAAUAAAAAAAUAAAAUUGAAUAUUAUAAUUCUCCAUAAGCAGAUAAAUUAAGAUUGGUUUCUGAUAACAUACAGUAAACCAAAGAAGUUAUGAUGGAAAAUUUAGACAAAUUAUUAGAAAGAGGAGAGAAAAUUGAUAUUCUUGUGGAAAAAACAAAUGUUAUGGUUGAGUAAAAAAAAUUAAUAGCUUUAGUAUUUCAACAGACAUGAGAGGAAAUGCAACAACUUUGAAAAGAUAAAUGUGGUGGAGAAACAAAAAAAUGACAAUCAUUCUUGUAUUGGUAGGAUUACUAGCUAUAUAUAUAAUUAUGGUUAUUGCUUGUGGAGGAUUUGCUAUGCAUAGAUGCUUUGGUAGUAGCGAUUGA